AGUCGGUAAGAAGUCGUGGUGAGACGUGCUAUAUGCGCACGCGCAUCGAAAUGUACGAAUUUAUACGGAGAUGUUAAUUGUAUGUGUUAACGUGAUUAGAGUAUAAUAGUGUAAAAUCGUGAAAGUGUAUUGCGUCAUCAUGAAAUAUAAAUUUAUGUACAUAUUUAGUAUAUGCUGCUUACAAUUAGAAUAUUGUAGAAGCGAAUAUAUAUACAACAUACUCAGUGAUGUUACAGAAAACACAGAAAAAUAUGAAUCAAUAACUGGACCAGACAAUUUCGACUUAAUUAAAUUAAAACCGGAUGAAAUAAUUUUGCUACCGUUGCAAGAAGAUAUAAAUUUGUCUCCUCCGUAUGAUAUACAUUCUGUUUUAAGUUUAAGUAUUGUUGAUGAUACAUCAUGCCUUUUCUCAAUAACAACUGAUGAAAAUGAAAAUCUAGCCGUUUGUUUUGAGCCCGGUGGUGUAGAUAUUGUUCGCUUGAUUUUAUAUAUCAAUGGUUUAUCCAACAGUGAUAUCUCGUUUACGAUAACAAGCGACCAACUUAUUGAAUUAACUGAGAUAUUACUACAUGUUGAAAAGGAUAAAGUGCAGUUGUAUAUCGACUGUAAAAUGGAUAGUGAAAUAACAGAAAUAUCAAUAAAGGAUAUCGAAUUAAAAAAGAAUAUCUCUAAAAUAGUGUUUGGGAAAAUCAACACUUUUGAUACCAAUACUUUUCAGGGACUUAUACAAAGUGCUAAGCUGUACAUUGGAACCGACGACGUAAAUACAGUAUGCACUAAGAACACCAAACUUCCCGAGAGUAGUUCUGACACGAUCGAAGAAAGUAAUGUUCCUCGAGCCGAGUUCUUAAAGCGCCCUAUCAAAUUUACAGAUAUUCAAGGCAACGAUCCCGGUUUUUUGGAGGGAAUAUCAACGGAUGAGCCAGUUUUGCUAGGAUUAAGGGGUAAAAAAGGCGAUAGAGGUGAUAAGGGUGAGCCUGGUGAGACGAUAAUUGGACCUCAAGGACCUCAGGGUCUACCUGGUGUUCCAGGAAAAGAUGGAUCACCGGGCGAUAAAGGGGAAUGUAGUUGUUCAACGCAGCUGGUAUCAAAGUUAUUGGCGGAUAUGCCAGAAUUAAGAGGACCACCAGGCAGAGCAGGAUCUCCAGGAAAAGAUGGGGAACCUGGAUUAUCCGGUAAGACGGGUCCCCGCGGUCCUCAAGGUGAACGAGGUUUACCUGGGGAUAUUGGCUUACCAGGAAAAGGAGGACCUGUUGGACAAAAGGGUGAGCCAGGACUAAAAGGUGAUAUGGGACCUCAAGGACUUCAAGGUCCAAUGGGUCCACAAGGACCGCCUGGAGAAAGUCGAAAGGGUGAAGAUGGAAAACCUGGAGAAAAUGGAAAGCCAGGGGAACCUGGGAUUCAAGGUGAUCCUGGAAAGGAUGGAUUAAGGGGACAUAAGGGUGAUAAAGGGGAGACGGGUCCCGUGGGACCACCGGCUAAACUGUCAUCGAUAAUAGAAAUGGACCCGAAUAAUCCUGAAGAUGCUGCCAUUAUGGAAAUACUCAAGGGACCAAAAGGAGACACGGGUCAGAAGGGAGAAAUAGGUUUGAUGGGACCGCUCGGAAAAGCUGGCCAGGAUGGUUCUCCUGGUGAAAGAGGACAUAGAGGACAUAAGGGAGAUGAAGGUCGCAAGGGGGAGAAGGGUGAUACAGGAGCACCUGGACCUCCUGGAAAUUCUCCAACAGGUGGUUUGUUAGAUUGUCACAAUUGCAAGUCCGGGGCAGAUGGAAGGCCGGGAGAAGCUGGCUCACCUGGUGUUCCUGGAAAAGAUGGAAUAAGGGGUCAUAAGGGUGAUAAAGGGGAGAGGGGUCCAGUUGGACCUGUAACCAAACUAUCUUCGAUAUUAGAAUUGGACCCAAACAACCCAGAAGAUGCUGCUAUCAUAGAAAAACUCAGAGGAGUAAAGGGAGAUAUGGGAGUGAAGGGAGAGAAAGGUGAUAGGGGAUUUAGAGGACCUGAAGGCAAUCCGGGCAAAGAUGGUAUGCCAGGUGAAAGAGGACACAGGGGACAUAAAGGAGAUCAAGGAAGCAGGGGUGAGAAGGGAGAUGUAGGUGCUCCUGGACCUCCUGGGAAUAUAACAACUAUCAGUUUGAUGAAACUCAAAGGUGAAAAAGGGGAUGCUGGUGUCCCAGGGAUAGCUGGACCUCCUGGCACUUGUCCGACGGUCACCAAAUCUGCUGCACAAGGGCCUCCGGGUCCCCAAGGAUCUCCAGGACUCCCUGGUCCCCCUGGACCCCCAGGACCUGCUGGACCACCUGGUGUUUCCAUCACUGGGCCUAAAGGAGAACCUGGUGAAUCAAUAGUCGACACUUCAUUCGUCUUUAGAGAAGGUGAGACAGGAGCAUUGGAUGACGAAGACGACUUCUAUACAGCAGCUACAGUUAUAUACAGAACUAUCAAAGGCUUAAUAAAAAGAACAUCCUUAACACCGCUGGGGACGAUAGCUUAUGUACUACAAGAGAAAAGAUUGUUGGUCCGGAUCGAAAAUGGUUGGCAAUAUGUUAUUGUAGGCUCGCUAUUACAAACACAAGAUUCAUUCAACAGCAGAUCGUACCAGCCCGUAUCUUCUAGAGAACAUUUAGAAGAACAGUCAACAAAAAUUAAUCAAGAUUCUGAUGGAGGAGGAACACGUUCAUCAAAACAAAAUCUGGGUGACGUUAAGCCAUCUAUCCAUUCUACAGAAUAUGUAGAGUUACAGAACAGAAAGAAUGCUAUUGAUAAUUUAUAUAUUCGAUUAGUGGCGCUCAACGAACCAUACCAGGGGAACAUGGUAACUCUCACUAACCGGACCGGGAGAAAUGCUGUGAACCAAGAAUGUCACAAGCAGGCCCUAAGAGUUUUCAAAAGUAAUAGCUUCGUCGCAUUUUUGACUAAUAAGAUAGACGAUUUGAAAUCCAGAGUAUUCCGAGACAGGAACCUGCCAAUAGUAAACUUACACGGACAAGUACUUUUCGACUCUUGGAAUCAAAUGUUCAAUGGUUCAGGGGCACUUUUUGGGAAUGCGAAUAUAUACAGUUUCAACGGGCGGAAUGUUCUAAAUGAUCCCACUUGGCCAGUGAAAGCGAUUUGGCAUGGUAGUACACCUUCUGGGAUAAGAACGCCCAAAACGUUUUGCGAUGAAUGGCAGAGCGAUAAACCUCUUGACUUUGGAACAGCAUCUUCACUUCGUAGAAACAAACUGUUAAACCAAGAGCUAUAUCCGUGUGAUAACAAGCUGAUAGUAUUAUGCGUAGAAGCAACAGCCAACCGCAUAUCGAGGCGAAGGCAUACGCUUACAAGAUCUCGAAAGCGAGCCGGACGAGAAACACAAACUGAUUCAAUACUCCCGGAAUUUUUGUAAAAUUCAAUAGUAUUAUUACAAUUAAAAUCAAUUGUACAUGCUUUAAUUUAUUGUUGACAUGAAUCGCAUUUGUUUGUAAAUACGUACGAAAGUAAUUGUGUGAUAUGAGUAUCCAUUAUUUCGAUAUUAUUAACUAGGUAUUAGCAGGCUAUGUGACUCAAGAGUGUGUGUGAAAUAAUUUAUAAAAUGUCAAUGAUAUAAUUUCUUGUGCCAUACUUGUUACUUUUGAUGAAUUAAAUUCAUAAUAUUUAAAUGA